ACGUUACCUGUUACUCUUUCUCCUCAAAGCAAAUAUUUAGCCGCAAGUAAAUGAGUGUUUCUACGCUGUUUGGUGGGGUACAUGCGACGCCACCACCCAAAGCCACGUCUACUGCCGAUGGAGAUAGGACGGCAAAGUUGACUCCAAUCACCGUCAAUGACCUACAGAAUAAUCCGAUGACCCCACAGUUAAGGGAGCAGCUACACACAACGAUACAGAAGUCUCAAUGGGGUAAAGGGUUUGCUCCUAUAGGUGUCCUGGACGAGAACUUCGAGCCAGCGUCCCAACUGCCUCCAUCUUUAGAGGGUUCAAUCAAACUGAGACCUAAGGUACCUUCCACCAAGUCUCCAAAAGAGGCAUUGGUGCCGCUCUCCAUAAGCCUUACCAACUCACCAGCGUUUUUGCAAUCGCUAGGUCAGCCAAGGAAGUCCCCGACUCGUCCUCUGUUGUCCGUCAGAACUCCGCAGCCUACAUCGAUAAUGACUGCUGGGAAUGUGGGUGGUUUCAAUAUUAUAAGCCUGUCAGUUAGGGGCCAAGACUUUGUGGGUGUCACCUCCAGUACCAGGUACAAGAGCCCCGAAGCUUCUUUCAUCCGGACCCCAACCAAGCGCAGAGUUACCAACCCCGGUCGUUUACUUAAUAGAGACAGGGCUCUAUCUGACGGCAGCGGAGAAGAGAUUGUCGUGGAUAGCUCCAACCAUUACCUUGAAGGUGAAGAGGAACGGGUGGGAGCAGUACAGAACCUUGGCCUUCCAAAGUGGUAUCACAUGGAGAACUUGAUGCACAACGCCCAAACCCCUUUUGUCAUUUCGCUCUACUUACAGUUGCUUUUCAAUCUUAUCCUCACAUCUAUCGUCCUCUAUUUUGUUUACAUAUUUAUAUCGACAAUCAGUGUCGAUGUGAACAAUAAGGUUGAGGGCUAUAUCAGUGAGAUUUCGCAGAAUAUAGCUGCUUGCAGCAGAGACUAUUACCGAAACGAGUGUUCUCCCGGCCUCCGGAGGCCGGCAUUAGAAGAAAAGUGCCUAGAAUGGGAGAAAUGCAUGAAUCUUGAUCCCAAUGUUGUGGGACGGGCAAAAGUUGGAGCAGAGACAUUUGCCGAAAUCAUUAACGGAUUUGUGAAACCAAUAAGCUGGAAGAGUAUCACUUUCAUCAGUUUAGUAGUUUUCGGUUCCCUCAUCUUGACCAACGUAGCCUUUGGGAGUUAUCGGCAGAACCAGUUACGAUAUGAAGCACCAUACAGCCAGCAAGCGCACAUUCCGCCUGAAAGACUUAGCGGUGGCCGUUACAGCGGCCACCCUUCACUGCCAUACUUUAGCAAACUAGCCUACUCUUCUCUGGAAAGGCAAAGUCCUUCCCCUGUAUGUGACUCCUCUAAAAAGUUGGCAAAAUGGCGCAGCUAAGAUACUGGAAGUUGUGCUAGAGAGACGUGGAAGGAAACGCGCCAACUGGGUACAGCUACCAGUUAUAGCAUUGAUUUAUAUACACCUAUGAAUUAAAGAUAUGCUUUGAUAGUACAAUUCGUGUAUGCGAAGAUAACAGUGGAGGUGAGAUAGAGCUACAGGGGCUAGAAGCCGAAUUAGUAAAAACCUUCAAUAACAAUCAACGAGUUCCUUCGACAACGUUCAUAUCAUAAACUGGAUACCCCAACACCGGAAGUGUCUGCACAAACCAGCACCUACCGUUUUGAAAACACCAAUCCGCUGUAACUGUUUGAAGUAGCAAACUUUGAUGCUUUUUUCCUCACACGGUCCUGCAAUAUCUUUUAACCAGGGCUGACUAGUUGAUGUAGCUAGUGCUUGAGUAUGCAG